ACGACGCCCACCCAAUCCACACCAUCGGCCUCACCGCCUACCUUAUCUCUGCGGCCUUCCUAUUCCAGGCUUGCACACCCACGUAUAAUCGCCUCAAUAUCUGACCGUUUCCAGUCUCCCACGCCACCUCCAACAUUCUUAAUACCGACCCCAAACGCGGCUUUGUUUCUACCUUCCUCCCUCCACCCUUCUCUCUGUCUCUCUUCCCUUCCUCUUCUUCUACUCCAUUGAAACCCCCCUAUCACUCAAUCCAGAACUCCAAAACCAAACCACCAACGCUCCAAGUAUAAUCUCCUCCCUUCUUCUUCCACUAUUAUUCCCUUCAUCACCUUCUUUUAUUCGAAAUUGAGUAAAUACAUCAUGGUGCAUCACCACCACCACCACCGUAUAAGCUAUUUUCAGCAGCUGAGAAAAGGCGAAGCGCAGCAGCAGCAGCAGCAUCCGGAUUUUAUGGAGCCUCACCACUGCCCUUCUUUCAUGUACCACGACUACUUUAAUUACAGGAAGUCGAAGCUUGCAGCCCUCCGCUUCCUCUUCCUCUUCUCCCUACUUUCCUGCAGCUUCUUCUUUGGGCCUCGCCUCCUCUUCUAUUCUUUAGGAACAGAAUAUGAGUCGGAACUCCAAACGAGAACGGAAGAAGAGAACAGGGGAGCAGCCCCCUGCUCCUCGAUGGCCAACAACACCAUCUGCUGCGAUCGCACCGCCUUUCGGACCGACGUUUGCUACAUGCGAGGCGACGUUCGGACUCAUUCACCCUCCAACUCCAUCCUCCUAUUCGACAAUAACUCCACCACCGCCCCUUCCAUAGAGGAAAAGAUCAGGCCUUAUACCAGGAAGUGGGAGACCAGCAUCAUGGACACCAUCGAUGAGCUCCGCCUACGAACUGCCGGCGCCGGCGACUUAGAUAACCACCGCUGCGAUGUCCGCCAUGACGUUCCCGCCGUCGUCUUCUCCACCGGUGGGUACACCGGCAACGUCUACCAUGAGUUCAAUGAUGGCAUCAUCCCUCUCUACAUCACCUCCCACCACUUCAACCGCCAGGUGGUCUUCGUCAUGCUCGAGUACCACGACUGGUGGAUGACCAAAUAUAGCGAUGUCGUCUCUCGGCUCUCCGCCCACCCUCCCAUCGACUACUCCAACGAUCGGAGAACCCAUUGCUUCUCGGAAGUUAUCGUUGGACUUCGCAUCCAUGACGAACUCACGGUGGAAUCUGAUAGAAUGGAGAGCAACAAGACUGUACUCGAUUUCCGCCAACUGCUCGACGAGGCCUACACACCUCGAGUAAGAACACUUAUGAGGGCGGAGGAGCAGGCGACCGCGUCGCUGCUGAAACCGGUGACAGAACGGAAUGUUUCGGCAAAAGAGAAACCGAAGCUGGUAGUUGUGUCGCGGAAUGGAUCGAGAGCGAUCGAGAACGAGGGAGAAUUGGUGAAACUGGCGGAGGGGGUCGGUUUCGAAGUGAAGGUAUUGAGGCCUGAACGGACUACAGAGCUGGCUAGGAUUUAUCAAGCGCUGAAUUCGUGCGACGCGAUGGUGGGAGUCCACGGGGCGGCGAUGACGCACUUCUUGUUCAUGAGGCCAGGGUCGGUGUUCAUCCAGAUUGUGCCGCUGGGGACGGACUGGGCGGCGGAGACAUACUACGGGGAGCCGGCGAAGAAGAUGGGGCUGCGGUAUUUUCCGUAUAAGAUCCUGCCGAGAGAGAGCUCGUUGUAUAGGGAGUAUAGAAAGGGUGAUCCGGUGCUGCGAGACCCUGAGAGUGUGAAUGCCAAGGGGUGGCAGGUGACCAAGAAGGUGUAUUUGGAUGGGCAGAAUGUGAGGGUGGACUUGGCUCGAUUUCGAAAGCGUUUAUUUCGAGCUCAACAGUACAUAGUCUCGAGGAAGACAUCCAUGAAUUUGAGGUGGAGGCAGCAGGGGCGGCGGCAGAGAUGACAGAGGCAAUCUAUACCAUGAUUCAAUGUUCCAUGGAUUUUUUUUUUUUUGGUUUUUUUUUUUUUUUUUUUUUUUUUUUUUUUCACACACACAUUUUUUUCACCUUUUAAAUGUGAAGGAGUUCUUUUUGUUGGAUUGGUUCUGGUUGGCUAAGAGAAUGAAGAGAAAAAUCAGUGUACUUAACAGAACUGUGCUGAUUUUGGAUUGAGGGUGGUGGUCGUGUCAUAUAGAGUACAGCAUUCUUUCUCCUGAGAUGAACCCAUAUUUACUUAUAUGAUUUGGUGGAUUAUUUCUUCCAAUUGUUCAUUUGUACAUCUUAUUCUAUAUGAUGAUCUUAUCUUGAUAGAUAGGACAUAAAAUUUCAGCUCAA